GGAAGGACGAAGCCUGAGUGUCACGAAGAAGGGCCCAGGGAACCCGAUUGCCUGCUGCUCCUUCCUAGACGAAGCUCACUGCUCUCCAUGGCUCUUCAGCAAUCCAAGGAGCCUGAUGUCUAUCAGGAGAAUUUUGAACCUGCAUCCUACCUGGACUACUACAAGAUGAACCAGGAUCCCAUGGCUGAUGAGAUCCUCCAUUUCAUGCUAAAACACUACAGUGCCACUUUUAAACCAGGUGGACUGGAAGGAAAACUCCUGAUUGACAUCGGCUCUGGGCCCACCAUCUACCAGCUCCUCUCUGCCUGCGAGUCUUUCCAAGAGAUCGUUGCUACCGACUACACUGACAAGAACCGCCAGGAGCUGGAGAAGUGGCUGAAGAAGAUGCCAGGGGCGUUUGACUGGUCUCCGGGGGUGAAAUACGUGUGUGAGCUUGAGGGGAACAGAGACAGGUGGGCCGAGAAGGAGGAGCGCUUAAGGAGAGCUGUCCGCCAGGUGCUCAAGUGUGACAUCCUGAAAGAGCGGCCCCUGGAACCGGUGGCCCUGCUCCCGGCCGACUGCCUCAUUUCCUCCCUGUGCCUCGAGGCUGCCUGCCCCACCCUGCAGGCCUGCCGGGACGCCCUGCGCCACCUCAGGUCCCUGCUCCGGCCCAGGGGACACCUGGUGCUGAGCGGGGCCUUUGAGACCAGCUUCUACAUGGUGGGGGACAAGAGGUUUUCAGCACUGCCCCUGGAUGAGAAAUUCCUGCGGGAGGCUCUGCAGGAGAACGGCUUCAUCAUUGAGAAGCUGGAGAAGGUUCCACGGGUCCCUAAGACUUGCUUGGAUAACCGCUCCGACUACACGGGGUUGUUCUUCCUGGUGGCCCGGAGAAAGGACUGAUGGAUUUUGACACUUGGCUCUGUGCUUACUUGCUCUUGUGGCUUUAGGUGGGCACCUAAUAUCUCAGAGCCUCAGUUUCCCCAUCUCUGAAAUGGAAAUCAUCACACACACCCCCAGGGUUAUUGUGACACCCCAAAGAUAUAAUAUGAAUACGCUUAGUAAAUAACCUCUUGAGUAAUUUCGUGUGUUUUUUAAGUUUAGCUGACCUUAUAGAUGUAUAUCAUAAGCAGUUCUAAAGAGAGCUAGAGAAGUUGUUUUCCUUCUUUGUCCAGUGAAACUAACCUUAACCCAGUUUGGGGCAGGGAUGGGACAUUUGGGAAAGACUUUUUGAAGGAUGUAGCAGGCAAAUCAGUGAGAUCUAAAGGGUGACCAAGGACUUCCCUGGUGGCGUGGUGGUUAAGAAUCCACCUGCCCAGAGUGAAGUAAGCCAGAAAGAGAAAAACAAAUACCGUAUGCUAAUGCAUACAUACGGAAUCUAAAACAAAAACAAAAAAAACGGUACUGAUGAACCUAGUUGCAGGACAAGAGUAAAGAAGUAGAUGUAGAGAAUGGGCUUAAGGACACAGGGGAAGGGGAAGCUGGGAUGAAGUGAAAGAAUAGCAUUGCCAUAUAUACACUACCAAAUGUAGCGGGAGGCUGCUGCAUAGCACAGGGAGAUCAACUCGAUGAUUGGUGAUGACCUAGAGGGUGGGAUAAGGAGGGUGGGAGGGAGGCUCAGGAGGGAGGGGAUAUGGGAUAUAUGUAUAAAUACAGCUGAUUCACUUUGUUACACGGUGGAAACCUCACAACAUUGUAAAGCAAUUAUACUCCAAUAAAGAUCUGGAGAAAAAGAAAGAGAAAAAAAAAAGGAUCUACCUGCCAGUGCAGGGGACAUGUGUUCGAUCCCUGGUCCGGGAAGAUCCCACAUGCCAGGGAGCAACUAAGUCCACAUGCCACAACUACUGAAGCCCACGUGCCUAGAGCCCCUGCUCCACAACAAGAGAAGCCACCGCAGUGAGAAACCUGUGCACCGCAAUGAAGAGUAGUACCCGCUCGCCUCAACUAGAGAAAAGCCUGUGUGCAGCAACAAAGACCCAGUGCAGCCAAAAAAUAAAUAAAUAAAUAA